CACAACCAGCAUCAUGACGACAAUCGCCCUAUUACCCGGAGCCUGGAUCUCUCCGUACUUCUACCAACCAUUUUCCGAUGCCCUCGCCUCCGCUGGAUUUCUCGUUCAUCAGGCUAGCUAUCCGUCUCUGAACCCCGCCAAUGCAUCCACUGCCGACUGCGACGCCGAUGCACAGGUCAUCACCAAAACCUUACGCAUCUUAGUCGAAGACCAAGGCAAAGACGUAGUGGUCCUGAUGCAUUCCUACGCCGGAAUGCCCGGAGCCGCUGCAGCCACAGGACUGGCGAAGUCUCGGCGGUCGCAACAGGGCAAAUCUGGCGGCGUUAUCGGGUUGAUCUUCAUAGGCGCCUUUGUUGUGCCGGAGGGAUUGAGCUGUGCGGGACUGCAGGGUGGAAAUCUCCCUCCGUGGAUUUUACUCGACAAGCCGUCGCGUGAUUUAAACAUCCCCGAUGACCCGAUCGGCAAUUUCGCAGGCGAUGUCGACCCGGAUUUAGUGAAGGACCUCGAGGCCAGUACCCUGCCGCACUCAAGUCUUGCUUUCAAUUCUCCACAGCCGCAUCCUGCAUGGGCUGAUGCGGAUUUUAAGCAUCGGUUAGCGUUCAUUGUGACUGCGGAAGAUCGAGCCGUGCCGAAGGAGGCGCAGUAUGGCAUGAUGGCUGCUAGUCAGCAGGAAUGGAUUGUCAAGGAGAUGGCGAGUAGUCAUUGCGGGCCGUUUCUGAAUAGAAUUGAUGAGACGAUAGUCUUGUUGAAAGAUCUAGUAGAGGGGUUUUCUGGGGAGAUAUAAUGCUAUUUCACAGAGCAAUAUGAG